CCUAAUACGUCAAGCCAUCAUCGCGGUCCCUCGGCAGACAAAAGGAAGCCUAUAAUUAGAUUGGUCGCUAACCAGAUGUGGAUCCCCGAUCCUUACAUCUCACAAAAUCACAGAACCAGCAGAUUAUUACUCACGGGAGAUUCUCACUAAAUGCAAAAUAUGAAAUAUCAAUAGCAGGGAACUCACUCAAAAUCUCAAGAGGUGGAAACUUAUGAAAAGAACGCAUAUUUCAAAGCCCUGAUUGGACGGAAAUAUUCAAAUUGUUUUGAAUAGACCCAAAUUAGCACAUAGGAUACUGUUGACUUCUUUAUUUCCACAAGCCUCGAUUUUUUUACCAUCUUUGGGUAGUUUGUAUAUUUGACAAAUUUGGAAUGCCUUAAGACAAUGGCUGAAGUGACAAUGUGGACAGGAAUCAUUUCUUUAUUUCUGGGGUUUCUUUGCCAUAUAACAGAUUCCACGACUCUAUGUGCUCAGUGCGACUCGAAGCGCGAUCCUAAAUGUGAGAGCAACCCGCCAGACCCCUCCGACUGUCUGGAGAGGACAAGCAAAAGAAAUGGGUGCCUCAUCACCAGGAUCUAUAUUAACGAUCGACAGACGGCGUUCGUUCGUAGCUGCUCAACCUUGGAUUCUAAAGUUGACAGGGAAGGUUGUGUCAACGACACUUUGACAGCCAAUAAGAAAACUUGUUACAUACUUUGCUUUGAGGAUGGCUGCAAUAAUUCUUACAUCAUUUCCGGUUACAUUUUACAAAUAAUUUUUUUGACAAUGUCCUCUUUUAUCAUUUCAAAAAUAUUGAGCCGAAAUAGUUAAAUAGUUAACUCUCUACAUGACAAUUAUCAGUGAAAAUAAAAGAAACUAUUUAAUAUACGAGGGUUGAUCCAAAAGUUCGUGGAAUUUCUUUCCAAAAUUUUAUCGUGAUUUGAUGAAAGCAAACAAUAGGUAUAUUUAUAAUUUAGAGUCCAAAUGCAACAAUAUUGGAAAAUUUCACAACUUUCCAAUUACAAAGAAGGUCACACGAGCUUUCUGAAAAUGGAUUGUUGUGAAACCCGGGGGAGAAUUCAACGUAACGUCAAGUUAGAUAUGUCACGUUACGCUAUAGACGCAUCUCACCCUGAUGUCCAAUUGGAAUACGUAAUUCUUCAAAAUGCUGCCUUUAUCUCAAAAAAAGCCUGGAUAUCCUCUCGCAUUGACUUAUCUUCAUUUUUUUCACUGAUUUCAAAAUACUCCCCAUCUUUCCAUAUGAUGUUCCAAUUUCAGUAGCAAUGUCAAAAGCAGUACGUCAGCCGACAACGUUUAUUAACGCUUUUAAUUUGUCUAGGGGGAUAAACACUUAAAACAGA